UUAUCUUUUUCCCUCCAUUUUCGUGAUGAUUUUAAAAUCAUCUCCUCCAUGAUGACUACGUAAGAUUAUUAAGAUCAAGUUCUAUUGUAAUGUAAGGCACUGAAUUAACUUGGCACUAGCUGUUAUAUAAUACGUUUGUAUAUUUUUAUAACGCGAUAACGUAGUUAUGCACAAUGAAUGUAUUACAAGGUACAAGUACGAAAGAAUUAUUUUCAAUUUAGAUUUUUUUUUUUUAUAAAUUACAGACUUGGUCGCAAGAAAGCAACAGGCAUUUGUUUUAUCAUUGUGGGAAUAGCAGGUAUUACUGGAGGAGUUUUGCAAACAUUAGAUGCGGAAUACAAAGAGAUACUGACCACUGUGCUAGCUAUAACAGCAAACGCAAGUAUAAUGGCGGCAUGGGGAACUGUGCAGACAAUGACAGUGGAGCUGUAUCCAACUGUAAUUAGAAACAUUGGUAUUGGGAUGCUAAGUUUUGUCGGAGCAAUUGGUUCAGUGAUCGGGCCGCAGCUUGUUUAUCUUAAUGCAUAUGUGCCAGGCCUGCUGCUAUAUCUUUGUGGUGGCAUUUCUGUCCUGUGUGUGAUAGGUACAUCUCUGCUGCCGGAGACUAAAGAUAAAUACCUUUUGGAUAAGAUACACCAUAAUGCACUUGUAUCUACAGUCUCGAAGAAUGAUAUCUCAGAAGUACCAGAAGUUAUAGAAGGAGAGACAUCUAGUGAAAUUACUCAUUUGUAAAUAAAUAGAUAAAAAGAUCAUCUACGUCAGCUACCAUUGACAAAAAAAAGCUAAUAUUAAACGUUGUCUUUAGUAUUCCCCUGCGGAAUGCAAGUUCAAAAAUACUGAGGUUUUCAUUACUUAAACAAUACUCGCUUAUUCAUCAUCAGUUAUCAGUUUUCAUCUAUCGUCCUCAUUAUCUUCGUCAUCCAUUUAUUAUAAUUCAUUGAUCAUCAUCAUCAUCCUUUCUUCAUCAUCCUCAUAUUAUUAUUAUCAUUUAUUCAUCAGCUUUAUUCUUCUUCAUUAUAAUCUUUCGUUCUUGUCGUCAUUAUUCUUUCAUUCAUCAGCAUCAUUCAUCAUAUCAUCAAUCGUCACUCUAAUUCAAUAUAAUCACCAUCAUCAUUAUCUCCAUCUGCCAUUAUCAUAAGCAUUCAUCAUCAUAAUUCAUCAUCAAUCCAGUCAUCAUUAACUAUCAUUAUUACUCAGAAGUAGCAGCAAUUCUUACCAUCAUUCAUCAUCAUAGAUUAUGCAUUUAUCAUAAGGAUCGCUAAUCAUCAUUCCUUUAGUCAUUAUCAUCAUCUAUUUAAUGUCAUUAGUAUCAUCAUAAUUAUUCAGAAUCAUCCGUUUCAUCAUUUAUUAUCACCCUUAUCAAUCACCAUUCAUUAUUAGCAUCACCCAUUUUCCAACAUGAGCAACAUUCAUCAUUUGAAUUAAUCACAUCUUUCAUCCAACCAUCAUUCAUCAUCAUUCUUGUUCAUUGUUUUCGUUGGUUAUUAUUAUCAUCAUCAUCAUCAUCAUCAUCAUCAUCAGUCAUUAUAUCCAUUUAUCACCAUCUUCUUCAUUCAUGUUAUAAAUCAGACGUUGACUAACGGGCUAUAGAAGAUGAUCUGAUAUUCACACAAAGAAAGUAUAUUGACCCUCGCAAAAGCUCACUACUUUAGUCAAUUAGUGUACAUGUAUUCAGGCUUGUCAUUAAAAUCAUUACAAUGUAUCUUGAAAAUCAAGAAACUACAAAACGGGAAAAGUGUAAAGACAUUAAACUAGUUUUUUUUUCUUCCUUGUUAAUUGUUACAGAUUCAAUAAAAGGUUGCAAAAAAAA